UGAGUCAGUCAGUGUGAAGCAGGGAAAGCGAGUCACAUAGAUGAAGUUUUCUGUAAAGCAAAGGCUGCGUGACACUGAGGAGACGAGACCAGUGUGGGUGAUGCUAAAGGAUAAAAUCUGAGGCUUUAAUGGUCCUCCCAUCAUAGCUGCUCUGCCAUCAAUCCCUCAGAGGUUCCCAGUGCACAUUGGCAGCCACAUGGACAUGCUGAACUGAUGCUGCGACUUUGAGGCUUCUGAGGCUUACCUGUCAUGCCCACUGCUGAGUUGGGAUACCAGGCAGGGAAGGGUUGAAUUUCCAGCAGGGCUGCAAGAAAGGAAACAUUUUGACAGGUUGUUUCAUUUUUCAUUUCUUUGCUGGCAGAUUUACAAGAAUUGUACAAGCUAUUGUAGUGUGACUUCAACCUCAGGCAGAGGGCAGGGGGCUUUUUAGCUGUGAGAGAUGCUGGAGCAGGUGGGCACCUACUGUGGCAACCAGCAACAGUGAAGGAAGGGUGGGACACUUGUGGCUCUAUGUGCUUUGUGACAAGGAGCAUGUGGAAGGUGGCAUUGCCUCUCUGGGGGGCAUUCUGGCUCUUCUACACCCUGCUGACCCUGGCACAGGGCACCUUGGUGGACAGGAGAUCCAGUGUGGACAGCGGAUUCUUAUACAGACGUCUCAAGAGUCAUGAGAAGCGAGAGAUGCAGAAGGAGAUCUUGUCCAUCCUGGGGCUUCCCCACAGACCCAGACCUGUCCAUGGACUUAGCCCUGCCCAGCUGAACCAGCCUGCAAAGCUCAACUCAGCUCCUCUUUUCAUGUUGGACUUGUACAAUGCAAUGUCUGGGCAGGACCAGGGAAUGGAUUUGAAAGACUGGUCACACAGGGCAACUUUGCACAGCCAUCAACUCAAGGUCAAGAGCCUACUGGGUAGUCAUUUGGGCAGUGUUCAGGACAGUGCCUUCCUCAGUGAUGCAGACAUGGUCAUGAGCUUUGUCAACUUGGUUGAACAUGACAAGGAGUUGUCACCACGUCUUUGGCACCAUAGAGAAUUUAAAUUUAAUUUAUCCCAAAUUCCAGAAGGAGAGGCAGUGACUGCUGCAGAGUUUCGGAUAUACAAGGACUGUGUGCUGGGCAGCUUUGAGAACCAAACAUUCCUAAUCAGCAUCUACCAAGUCUUAGCAGAGCACAGAAACAGGGAAACCAAUAUCUUUUUGUUGGAUACCCAAACAGUAUGGGCUUCGGAUGAAGGCUGGCUGGAGUUUGAUAUUACUGCAACAAGCAACCUAUGGGUUAUGAACCCUCGGCAUAAUUUUGGACUGCAGCUCAAAGUAGAGACAAAAGAUGGACGAAAUGUAAAUACGAAAGCUGCAGGUUUCGUUGGCAGAGAUGGUCCCUAUGACAAACAACCAUUUAUGGUGGCAUUUUUCAAAGCCAGUGAAGUUCAUUUGCGGACAACAAGAUCUGCAACCAGCAAACGCAAAAAUCAGAAUCGAAACCGCUACACGCAAGCUCAGGAUGUGACCAGGGUAUCCAGUAUAACUGACUACAACAGCAGUGAGCUUAAAACAGCAUGCCGGAAGCAUGAAUUGUAUGUUAGCUUUCAAGACUUGGGGUGGCAGGACUGGAUUAUUGCACCAAAAGGAUACGCAGCCAAUUACUGUGGUGGAGAAUGUUCAUUUCCUCUCAAUGCUCACAUGAAUGCUACAAAUCAUGCAAUUGUGCAAACACUGGUGCAUCUUAUGAAUCCAGACUAUGUCCCAAAGCCAUGCUGUGCACCCACCAAGCUGAACGCCAUCUCAGUUCUUUACUUUGACGACAAUUCCAAUGUCAUCUUAAAAAAAUAUAGGAAUAUGGUGGUAAGAGCGUGUGGUUGUCAUUAGGAGAAGUCCAACAGACAUUUGCAAAGACAUCUGAUUGCAUUUAGGCCGCAAAUUUAUGUGGAGACAAAGGGAGGAACUGUAUCCUGAAACUGGUUUAUUUAAAAUACGGGAGAAAAUACGAGAGACGGAUUCCACAUAAACGUAUUUUUCAUUUCCAUGAGAUAUGGAUUCCUUCACAAGGAUGGACAAUAUGAAAAAAGAGAAUCUUCCAAAAUUUCUAUCCAUAAAAUAGCUUGGAUCAAGCUGUGCUUCACUUUCUUAAAAGCUAAUAUAUAUAUAUAUAUAUAUGUGUGUUAUAACUAUUAACCCGUUAGCUACUUUGGUGGCCCAGAUCUCAGGCAGGGGGUAUGCUAUAUUCUCAAAAAAAAUAGAUCUGUUCUGUAAUUCCAAAAAUCAUUUGUAAGCUGGCUUGAGAUAGUACUUAGCUGUAAAUAGCUCACUUCCAGACUUUCUACUAUCACUGCUUGGUUUAGAAUAUUAGGAAAUCAUCAUUAUACAGGGCAGAAUCAGCCUACAUAACGCAUACUGGGCCUGGAAACAAUAUAUAGGCUCCAUGGUGCAUUUUGACUUUACCCAUCUCAUAGAUUUUUAUCAUCACUAGUCAUCAAUCUUGAAAACCUUUUAAAGGCCAGGAUUAGAGCUGGCACUGUGCCUAAACAGCAAUCAAAGCUCCCAUGAAGAAUGGUGAUAUUGAGAUCCAUUGUAAACUGCAUGGGGACACAGCCUGGGCAUGGCCUUCUGGAUCCUGUAUUGCUCACUACUUUGAUGCCUGCUUCGUGCAGCAGAGGUCAUUUGAUCCCUCUUUAGCACCAUUAUUUUAUGUUUCUGGAUUUUUUACAUGCUAUAUGUAACUGAUACUUCAAACCUUGGACCAUCAUUAAAGAGAACAACUGGUUUACUCUUUCUUUUAAUAAUAAAACACAUUCUCUCUCUUC